UUUCAGAGAGUGAGGGGCGCUCGAGGAGACUCAAGUAUUCCUGAGGUGAUUCUGCAGAUUUUUUUUUUAAUGAUUAAAAUUAACAAAUGAAGGAAAGAAGGUCGUGCCAGAAAUCGUCCUUUCAGCCAGGAAUGGACGCGAGUCAGAACGUUAAGUGUAAGAUAGUGGUGGUGGGAGACAGUCAGUGUGGGAAAACAGCUUUACUUCAUGUUUUUGCUAAGGACUGUUUCCCUGAGAAUUAUGUUCCCACUGUGUUUGAGAAUUACACAGCCAGUUUUGAGAUUGACACUCAGAGGAUUGAGCUCAGUCUGUGGGACACUUCAGGCUCCCCAUACUAUGAUAACGUGAGGCCACUGUCAUACCCCGACUCAGACGCCGUCAUCAUCUGCUUUGACAUCAGUCGCCCAGAGACACUGGACAGUGUUCUUAAAAAGUGGAAAGGGGAGAUCCAGGAGUUCUGCCCCAACACGAAGAUGCUGCUCGUUGGCUGCAAGUCAGACCUGAGAACCGACCUCAGCACGUUAGUGGAGCUGUCCAAUCACAGACAGAUGCCAGUAUCGUAUGAUCAGGGUUCUGCGAUGGCGAAACAGAUCUCUGCUCCAUACAUCGAGUGUUCGGCGCUGCAGUCGGAGAACAGCGUGCGGGACAUUUUCCAUGUGGCGACGCUCGCCUGUGUCAACAAGAACAACAAAACUGUCAAACGCAACAAGUCCACGCGCUCAGCCAAACGCAUUUCACACAUGCCUGGUAGGCCUGACCUGGCUGCCGUGGCAACGGACUUCCGCAAGGACAAAGCCAAGAGUUGCACAGUCAUGUGAUCUCUGAGAAUUCUGGGACAUGUGGGUGGAGAAACAGUGGGAGAAGGGGGAUACAAGUGGGGGUUAAAAAAUAGAAAAGGAAAUGAAGAGUGUAGAAGGGGGAGCGGGAUCCUUUUUCCUCUCCUGGUUUGCAAUGCUGUGUUCAACUGUUCCACUUCCUGUAACCUGACAGUAAGUGGAAACUGUCCUAAAGCCAUGCCUCACCCAUGCUCCCUCUAACCGCAUCCCUUUAGAGGAAGUGUGCACCCUCUAACCCAGCAAGAGGCCGUGCUUCCAAGUCCUAAAAGAAACACCCUUCCUGAUGGGAAGCGAAACGGGAACUUGUGGCUUCAGCAGAAAAUAUGAAGAGGAAUCGGCAUCAGAGCUGAACUGCUAUAGAGACGUCUUCGCUUCACUUUGUCUUUUUCAUGACCAAGAGAGACCUCAAGGUUGUGGUGUAAACAGCUCCUGAAGAGCACUGAGCGAGGAGGAGCAAGUGGCUUUGAGGAAGGAAGCUGAAUGUUGGCAUGAGAAUGUUUGUGUCUCUCGUUACUGAAGAUGGCAUGGAGCAGAAGAGAAAUAACUGCAUCACUGUGCUUUUGAGUCACUUCUCUUUUUGCAUGGCUGCUUAUCCAGAUGUUUGCUCUCCUUGUAGCUGAGCUCAGCUAAAAUUCCUGAGCACACUGUCACCAUGGGUACACCACUUCUCCAACCCAUAAAUAUAAUAUAAAGAGGAUUUGAGUUAGUUUCUAACUCUGGCAGUGUGGUUCGGAUGAAAUAAUUCACCCCACAGACUGGGUCAGGGAAGGGUUACUUUAAGUGCCUGUUUAAUGGGUGCUUCAGGUGAAAAUUCAGAAAUGAAUGCAGAACAACAUACUUGAGAGAUUAUAAAAAGAUUGGAAAAAUGGCUUAAUUUUUUGAAAACUGGCCUAAUAUUCUGUAUUGGGCUCACGUGGUCCCAAAUGGGCCUCAUUAACAAAUGAGGUCAAGUCUGUCUGCGCCGCCGCCCCCCCCCCCCCCCCCCCCCAAAAAAAAAAAUUACAUGGAAAUUGGCAGGCACGUAGAUGGUUAUAUACUGAAUACAAAGUAGUAAAUUGAGAUUUAAUUAGUAUUAUGCUAAUUGGGUAAAAAGUUAAAUCGGUAAUCUUAAUAAAAAAGUAAUAAAAUUAUUUCUAAUGCCCUCUUUGUGCUCUGUAGGCCUUUGUAUUUCUCAAAAGUAGGGCCUGCAGUGUUUUUAUAUUAAAGAAUAUAAAUAAUAUCCACAGCUUUCAAGGACAACCUCGAAAAAACUGAUCCACAUCCAAUAAACAAUUCCAAUUAAUUAACUCGUGUUUCUGACUUUUUUAAAUAUCAUUCCGACCACUAAGAUCUCUAUUUUUCAUCAAAACUAGUUAUUUUCGAUGUUCUUUAUUGACAUGAAUCUGUUUUGAUUUGAAAAUAAGUAGGUAAAGCUAUGAAAACUCAAGAGUCUCCUGUGAAGCAGUGAGAACUACAGAACAUCACUGCAAGUUAUCUGAUUGACUUUCACGAGUAAUCCAGUUGGAAACCAGUCGAGAGAGAGCCUGACUGCUUUCCCAGGACUCAAAAAGCACCGGGAGUUUCCCGAUGUCACGCAAGCAGAGUGGAUCCUGUUGUACCAACUUCAACCUGCCGUUACUCCCAAAGUACUAAACAGAUCUUAAUGAGAGAUUUCUUUGGAUUAUAAGCUUUUUAAUUAUAAAUAUUCAAGAGUUAAGCAAUGAUAGGUUUGUAAACUUAGCUGAGCGUCUGCAAGCACAACUUUCACAGCACAGCCAGCGAGCGUCUGAUAUGUCUACUGUUAACAAAUUUGCCAAAAUAAGCAAGCAGCCGUCAUGUUCUGUCUUCAAAACAGAAUGUAUGGGAUAUGUGUUACUGAUGUUUUCUGAAGACCAUAAUUACUCUUACAGCUUUAGACAGCUGGCAUUUUGUUUUAUGUAUUUAAUAUUGUCUAACUGAUCAUUGGCACAUGUCUGAUCCUGUAUUCCAACUAGCAAGUGUUGAGUAGGUGAAGGUUCACUUCCUAAGCAAGUUCAUGACCCAGCCCAGCGAGUGACUGGAGUUGAGCACUUCAGAUAAAGCUGAAUGACUGACCGGUACUGUAAAUUCCUCGUAUCAGUAUUGCAGCACAGGCUGUCCAACGCCCCUCAGUUUUCUCUUUAACAUGACGAGCAGUGGUUUGUGUUUUUUUUGUUUCUUGAGUCUGGUGAAGGAAUGACUGUAUAGCUGCUGUAAUGCAAGUGAUAACAGGAAUGAUCAUGUUCUUUAGUUACAUUUAAACAUUGACUAUUUGUUAGAGAAUAUCAAAUUGCUUCAGGAUGUGGUGGUGUUGGAAAAUGAUCAGCAACUGCGAUGCAUCAGGCUGCAUGAUCAUGCCACUCUGAGUUACCUAUGAUUGCACACUCCUCCUGUGGUGUUUUUAUUCCUUAUUUAAAAGGCAUUUAAAUAGAAACACUAAUGUGGCUGGUGUUUGAGUGGAACUUGCCCAUAAGGCAACUGAGGGUGACCUCAGCAAAUUGUCACUUGCUAAUUAACAUGGCUUUAAUUAUAACCCAUAACUAACAGUUAUUACACAAGUCUAGCGGUUCUGAUGAAUAAUUACGCUGUAUGGCAGGUUAACUGUUCCAGAACCUUCCUUUUCACCAGCAGCUAAAGGGAUCUGUUGAUGACUGACUGACUGGUUUAUGGUGGUUUGAGUUUAAAAACAUUUUGGUUUUGUCUGUCUAGUGUGUGUGGAGAGUGGGGGGUGUGAAACGGUUUAUUUGUACUCUGUGGUACACUAUGCAGAUGAUUCACUAAAAGUGAUGGAGGUGAAGUGUCGUGUUGUCUGACUGAAGACAGGACGUGCAUCCAGUUUAAAUCCAGUUUUUUGCAGGUCUGUAGUUGCACUUUUGAGUUUGAUCUUUUUACAGAUUUUUUUUUUUUUUUUUUAAAUGCAUUUCUUGUCUUUAAAGACCUUUAGGCAGGUUUCCUGUCUCUUCACAUAGGCAGUAUUAAUGUCUCCCCUUUUCUAUUUAAGUGUUAGACUGUGUAGUUGCUGGAAAAUUAAGCAAUUUUUUUUUUUCAAAUUUAAUUGUAUGUUCUGUUGUCCGCAUUAAUAUUUAUUGAAUUCUUUUUUGCCGUAAUGUAUAAUAAAUAUAAAAACAAAUUAAAGGCAUUUUGAUAUUA